AAGGGCGCGCGGGGGCCUGUGGGAGAAGAAGGGGGAGCCGCCAUGUUGGGCGGGGCGGCGGGCAGGAGGGGAGCCGGGGGCGGGCGCAGGGGCGGUGGCGGCAGCAGCAGCCGCAGCAGCCGGGGCGGCGGAGGCGGCGGCUGCCUGCAGCUGUCAGCGCCCGCUCCUCCGGGGCCGGGCCGUGCGCCGAUCGCCGCGCCUGUCAGGCUGGGCCUGUCAGCGCCUUGAAGGAAGCACUGUGAGGGUAUCGUGGUGCCGACCCGCUUCCUUCCUUCCUUCCUUCCCUCUCUUCGGUCCUCCCCAGCCCCCCCAAAACCCUUUUCCUUCCUCCCUUCCGCCCGCCCACCGCUGACAUCCUCCUCCGGUCGCCUCCCCCCCCCCCCCCCCGCCCCGGGCUGCGCGGCCCCCGCCGCCUCAGCGAGCGCUGCGCACAUCGCCCGAGCCUGCAGCACCGAGCGAAUGUAUGAAAACAUGUCCACAAUGGUGUAUUUAAAGGAAGAGAAGUUGGAGAAGCUCACUCAAGAUGAAAUCAUUGCCAAAACUAAGCAAGUGAUUAAUGGACUAGAGGCACUGAAGAAUGAACACAAUUCCAUUUUACAAAGCUUACUUGAAACACUGAAAUGUUUGAAGAAGGAUGAUGAAACUAAUCUGGUUGAAGAAAAAUCAAACAUGAUUCGAAAGUCACUGGAAAUGCUGGAGCUUGGCCUUAGUGAAGCACAGGUAAUGAUGGCCUUGUCAAAUCACUUAAAUGCAGUGGAAUCAGAGAAGCAGAAAUUGCGUGCUCAGGUUCGCCGCCUAUGCCAGGAAAAUCAGUGGCUGCGGGAUGAACUAGCCAACACACAACAGAAACUACAGAAAAGUGAGCAAUCUGUGGCUCAACUGGAGGAAGAGAAGAAACAUCUAGAAUUCAUGAAUCAAUUAAAAAAAUAUGACGAUGAUAUUUCACCAUCAGAGGAUAAAGAUACGGAUUCCACCAAAGAGCCUUUGGAUGACUUAUUUCCCAAUGAUGAUGAAGACCAAGGACAAGGAAUUCAACAGCAGCAUAGCAGUGCAGCAGCUGCUGCCCAACAAGGUGGCUAUGAAAUUCCAGCAAGAUUAAGGACCCUUCAUAAUCUUGUUAUUCAGUACGCCUCACAAGGUAGAUACGAGGUUGCUGUACCUCUCUGUAAACAAGCUCUUGAAGAUCUGGAGAAGACUUCGGGUCACGAUCAUCCUGAUGUUGCCACUAUGUUGAACAUACUUGCUUUGGUGUACAGAGACCAGAACAAAUACAAAGAUGCAGCAAAUCUCCUGAAUGAUGCCUUGGCUAUCCGUGAAAAGACUUUGGGCAAAGAUCAUCCAGCGGUGGCAGCAACUCUAAACAAUCUUGCAGUACUUUAUGGUAAACGGGGAAAGUACAAAGAAGCUGAACCGUUGUGUAAGCGAGCUCUGGAAAUCAGAGAAAAGGUUCUGGGGAAAGAUCACCCUGAUGUUGCCAAACAAUUAAAUAACUUGGCUUUGCUAUGCCAGAACCAGGGUAAAUAUGAGGAGGUUGAAUACUACUAUCAGAGGGCACUGGAGAUUUACCAAACCAAACUGGGACCAGAUGAUCCAAAUGUUGCGAAAACAAAGAAUAACCUGGCAUCCUGCUAUCUAAAACAGGGCAAAUUUAAGCAAGCAGAAACUUUAUACAAAGAGAUUCUCACUCGCGCUCAUGAACGGGAGUUUGGCUCUGUAGAUGAUGAAAAUAAGCCUAUUUGGAUGCAUGCAGAAGAGAGGGAAGAAUGCAAAGGAAAGCAAAAAGAUGGCACAUCUUUUGGAGAAUAUGGUGGCUGGUACAAAGCUUGCAAAGUUGACAGUCCAACAGUAACAACUACCUUAAAGAACCUUGGAGCACUUUACAGACGACAGGGCAAAUUUGAAGCUGCUGAAACAUUAGAAGAGGCAGCAAUGAGAUCUCGUAAACAGGGUCUUGACAAUGUUCAUAACAGAGUUGCUGAAGUGCUGAAUGACCCUGAGAGCAUAGAGAAAAGGCGAAGCCGAGAAAGCCUCAAUGUUGAUGUGGUAAAGUACGAGAGUGGUCCUGAUGGAGGCGAGGAAGUGAGUAUGAGCGUAGAAUGGAAUGGGGAUGGCACUGGAUCUUUAAAACGCAGUGGUUCCUUUAGCAAACUUCGUGCUUCCAUUAGACGCAGCAGUGAGAAGCUGGUUAGAAAGCUGAAGGGAGGAAGUUCACGAGACAGUGAACCAAAGAAUCCAGGCAUGAAGCGUGCCAGUUCUCUGAAUGUUCUUAACAUGGGUGGCAAGGCUACUGAAGAUCAUUUUCAAGAACGAAAUAAUUGUCUGACAGACUCAAGAGCUCUGAGUGUCAGUCAUACUGAUUUGGCGCAUUGAGAUUCUUGGACAGAAGCUAGCUAAUAUUCCUUGGUGAAUAAAGAAGCACUGAGACCUUCAAAGCUUUGGUUCCUCAUCAUUAUGUGUAGGAACACCUAGUUUAGAUUUUAUUGGGUUUUUUUUCCAAUAGACUGCUGGUUUUACUUUUCUAAAUAGGAACGAUUUUAAACACAGCAUUAGUGGGUAUUUUCUUCUAAAGGAAAACUAUAUAGAUAUAUAUUGCUCAUUGCACUGCUCCCAUUCAUGCUACUUACGUUGAUUUCUUUAAUAGAUCUGAAUAUUACAGCAGCCAAAAAAGUGUAAAAAUACAAACAUAUUUAAAGCAUACCAAAAUGCAAAGAUGUUUGAAAAUGCUGGCAAAAUUAAACGUGUAGUAGUAAAUAUAUACAGUGCUGGAAUGAGAAAAGGAUAAAUUCAUGUGCAUUACUGUAUAAAUUCAAAUUGAGCAUACUGUAUCGGUGGGGCUUUCCUUUGCACCACGGAUUAUUGUCAUGUUAGAAACCUUAGCUGGCAAAACAGCACUUGGACACGGCCUACUUAACCACUAGAUUGAGCUAUUAAAUGUUACAGAAGAGAUGGUUGGGGUUCCGUUACGUAACGAUAGCGUGAGUAGCGGUACCCGUGGCCAUAACUUUGAUACUUGUUGAUAGAAGUCUUAGGGCACAAUAAUGGAUGGAGAUAGGAUGGUUCACAUUGAUCAGGAGGAAUGGAAAAUGUUUUGACCGUUACCUUGUGUGGUCGACGAAUACUGAAGUUUUGGACUGCAACUGUCCCAGAGCAGCAGCUGUUGUUGCUCUUAGGGAGACAUCAAGCCUCAGGUUGACUUUCUUGCUUGUCCACUGGAGUUCACAAUCCCAUUCUCUGUUUGCUGAAAGUGCUCCAGCCUUUCCUGACGCUGAUCCCAAAUCCUGCCUUUCUCCGGCAUAGCUGCUGACAGCAGAAGCAGGCAACUGCGCGCUGGGCUGUUCUGCUGCGGAGGAGCUGCUGUGCAAAGGACCACUCGCAUCUGAAGGGCCCCAGCGGAAGCACUUGAUGGCCAUAAGUGGCAAGCAACGUGUUUGCCCACACGUCCCUGUUAAAUCUACUUACGGUUAAUACGUAUGCUGUCUGUAUACAGGACUGCUGCUGGAACUAAGUAUGUAUGUUUUAAGUAUUUUAUAGACACUAGUAUUUUCCUUUUGCUUUUCUGUAAAGCUUGUAAUUUUGUUCAUGUUUUGUAAAAAUUCAUGUGAAGUUGGAUAAGAAAGUAAAAAAAACCAACGUGUGUGUACAAAUGUAUCUGUGGUCAUAGUUGUGAGCUGAAAAUGCCGAACGAAAUUAACUUUGGGAAAAGCUGGAAUAUUCAUUCAAGGUUAGCACCGACUGAAGGAGGUAAAACAUAGGGAUGUAAGCAAGUUUUAGUAUUGGAACAGGCUGUGAAGAGUCAUUAGAAUUAGUACUUGGUAGAAGUAUUUGACUGGCUUUGCAUCUGGUUUUAGGUUGUGCUACAACACCUGAUGCGAGAAGCUGUGUGUGUAAUGCACUUGACUAUGUUUACCAGGAGGUACCGUGUUAGCAUCUCUUUAAAGGAAGCUGCGUAUGGUGUACCUGCUGUAAGGACGGUUUAGAAACGGUGGGAUACAAUGCUGCUAAUAUGUAGGAGUUCUAGCACAGAGUUAAGUAGUGCAAUUCAUUAAUGAACUCGAGCAAGAACAAGUUGUUGCUCAGUUGUCUUAACAAUAUGUACUUAUAUAAUGUAGACUCUUGAGUUUUAAUCUUUUUAUUAAGAGCUUUUUAUAUAAAAAUAUACAUAAUAUAUAUACUUUUUUUUUUUCCCUAAAGCAAAAUGUGCUGUGUGCACCCAUUGGUGAAUUCGGUUCUCUGCACAAAGCCAGCCUGAGCUCGCUUUGCACAAAGAACUGCACAUCAGGUUGCUGAGCUGGGUGGGUGCUGAUGUCCAGACGGGGGGAGGACAGCAGGAGAGCCCUGCCACAGCCGGUGUGUCACCAAACAGCCUGCGAUGGUGUCAGCCAUCCCUCUGGCCGUGCCCGUGAGAAACUCCUGCUGCAAACACCCCUCACAGUCAACCUGUUUCAUGCCAGCACGAUGCCACUGCUGCAGGAGUGGCUCAACGGGCCGGGUGACACACGGCUCUGCAGGGCUCAGUGUUUCACUCGGAGGCCGUUAUAAAAGUCUGACUUCCAAAAACCACCCACAAAACUAUUUAGACACAGAACUGAUUUUGGUAAUAAGGAAUUAUUUAACAGAAAUUGAAGUAUGUGUUUUCUACAUUCAUCUUUCAACUUUGAAGGAAAAUUACUUUUGCUGCCUCUUAAAAAAAAAAAAAAACCUUCUGUAAAUAGCAAUAAAAUAUUUAACCAUGUCAAAUCACAGUGUACAUUAAGUUUUAAAAUGCAAGAUCAUGGUAUGGUGAUAGCGAGGGAACUUUCUCGUUUAGGAUUGUACUGUUGGUGGCGUUACUAGUACUGUGCUUUUACAUGUUUUAAGCCUUUAUAUAGUAUUUUAAAGCAUGCUGGAAGACUAAAUCGUUGAGCUGCUUAUUAAACAAUUCUUACAUUUAAAAGGUUAAUUAUUUUUUUUUCAGAGAAGAAACAAACUUCACGACUCCUCUAAUCCAUAAAUGAUAGACAGGUCCUUACGGUUAUGAGCCACUGAGCUGUUCGCAGUUUACGGUCAGGCUUCUUAUUGCAUCAUGAAUUAAUUACUGUCAGGACACGGUUUGUAUACAUUUAAAUUUCAGGUGUCCUUCUCAGUAGGCUCUUACGAAAGGUUUUCUUUCUGAAUUUCCUCUGUUUGGGUUGUAGCUAACAAGUCUGCAUAAAGUAUAAAACCAAAAUACCCAAGUGUAUAAUUCUUGGAUAUCUUCAGCACUGAACUAAAUCAACAGCUGUGAUGGAACAGAAAACUAGAAGAGACCUUCAGAAUUGCCAGACAUCUUGUUAGGAAAACCGCAGCCUCGGUAGUGCUCUUUGGGUUUUAAUUUAGCAUGUUUGUCCUUGCCCAGAACUGUAAGGUUGAACUUCGUUAACAACCUAAUAAGGGCUCCAGAUUAGGCCAGUUCCUCUGGACUCUCCUACAAACAGUGGCUACUUCUGGGGUACAGAGCCAGCACGGGUCGCACAUAGGAUGAAUCGCAGGUUGAAUUGUUACUGAAAGAUGCCUGUUGCCCUUCUGUCUUCUCUGGUUUUGCACUAGUCUUUAGGAAUAUUGGCAAUAUUUGUUCUUGAGUUUAGAUCUUCUUAUUGUAAAACGCAACUGUUUCAUAAUUUGCUCCUCUUUUAGAGGAAUAACUGAUCUAUUGCUGUGAUGUUUGUGCUUGCAGUACUGCAGCGAUGGAAACAAUGCAAAAACAAUUGGACACAUUAUCUACAGUUGUACCUUUUCUUAAAACAAACAACACACCCCAUGCCCUCCUGAAUGGUAGUACAUUAAAAUGGUUUUAAACUUGAGAAGUAUUUGUGCUUAAAUUGUACCAUUUGAAUCCAGUAAUUUUGAAAAUGGUGUGGUUCUGUUGUAAAUAUAUAGUAAAAGGGGCGUGCAGUGCUUCGUUCAAAGUGUGUUUACAAUACUUGAUGAGUUCAAGUUACUUUAGAUUUUAUUAUGCAGGUCAUGUAUUUUGUCUGAAAGCUGCUAAGAGAAUUGCAUUUUUUGGUAAUGUUAGCCUGUACUGAGAGAAUAAAUGUUAAAAGACGUGAUGCUGUGAAGUUUACAAUUUCCUUGUAGCAACUUUACAUUGUCACAGACUUAUAGAAGUAUUGGUAUAAACAUUGGUUUGUUGGGUUUUUUUCCAGUACUUUAGCAUUGAGGGGAAUCUUGAACAUCUACAUUUGAUUAUUCCCUCCCAAACCACUGGCAAUAGUCUCAGUACGCUGAAUAGUCAAGGGCAGUAGUUUAAAAAGAAAAAAAAAAAAAGCCCAGAAGAACAAAGCAAGCAGCAAAACAGAGUGCCACCUUCUGACAGAGGUCAAAAGAUCCGCGCUGUUGUGAAGAUGCUCAUGUUCAUUGUGAAGUUGCAAAACUGUUCUUUAGUUACAGCUGCUUUUAAAUAGGAAGUAUUUGGAGAACUGUGGUUGGAAGUUCAUUUAAUGCUCCAGCUCCGUCAGAAGCAGCAUCCAGCUGCUCUGACGGUUGUGCUGGCACACGCAGUUGAGAGAGACACUAAAAAUUGCAUACAGCAUGGAACGAGCAUAGUGAAGUCAUUUUUCAAAGCAGGUCAGUCCUUAGGCUCCCUGUAUUUAUACUCGAGUCCCAGUUCAAGCAUGGGAAGUUAUUGCGUCUUCAGUUUUAAAUUAUGUAGUAGAAGCAUGAGACAGUAGCGGUGGUAGGUUACAGUAUAAUUAAGUCAGACGAGUUCCAUGCAGUCAGAAAUGGUAUCUUCUGUUUUCUAGGGCCUGGUUUAAAAAAAAAAAAACAAAAAAAAAAAACCAAAAACAAAAAACCAACCAAAACCCAACAACAGCAAAAACCAGAAAACUAUUUGUAAUGUCAAUGUAUCCUUUUUGAGGAGAACUUCCCCCCCCUUGCCCUGCCCUCAUAUGUGGAUUUCAUGUUUGAAUUUUU